UUCGGGGACCCGAAGGCGGACGCCCCGCCCCGGUUCCGCCCGGAAGUUGCCGUCAUGGUGUCUCCGGUGGUGUACUUGGUGGCGGCGGCUCUGCUGGUCGCCACUAUUUUCUUCCUGACCCGAAUCCGGGGCAGGGGGUCGACCGCCAACCAGGAUUCAUUGCACCAUGAAGAGGAGCCUGCUGGAACAAGCCAUGGGGCCCUGGAGACAGAGGAUCAAAGAGCUCGAGUCAGGCCUCGUCGCAGGAGGGACCUGGGCAGCCGCUUGCAGGCCCAGCGUCGUACCCAGAGGGCAGGCUGGGUUGAUGCUGAUGAAAAUGAGGAAGCUGGCAUCCAAGCCGAAGAGGAAGAAGAUGUUGAGAAGCCUGUGGAAACUCACGUGGCAGGAAAAAUUGGAGCCAAAAAACUGCGAAAGCUAGAAGAGAAGCAGGCGCGCAAAGCUCAGCGAGAGGCAAAAGAAGCUGAGCGGGAGGAGCGGAAGCGUCGUGAGGCCCAGCGUGAGGCGGAGUCAAAGAAGGAAGAGGAGCGACUUCGUCUGGAGGAAGAGCAGAAGGAGGAGGCGGAGAGGAAGGCCCGAGAGGAGCAGGCCCAACGUGAGCACGAGGAAUACCUGAAGCUAAAGGAGGCCUUCGUGGUGGAGGAGGAGGGUGUGGGCGAGAACAUGACGGAGGAACAGUCUCAGAGCUUCCUGACAGAGUUCAUCAACUACAUCAAGCAGUCCAAGGUGGUGCUCUUAGAAGACCUGGCUUCCCAUGUGGGUCUGCGCACUCAGGACACCAUAAACCGCAUCCAGGACCUGAUGGCUGAGGGCACUCUGACAGGCGUGAUUGACGACCGGGGCAAGUUCAUCUACAUCACCCCAGAGGAGCUGGCGGCCGUGGCUACCUUCAUCCGGCAACGGGGCCGGGUAUCCAUCGCCGAGCUGGCCCAGGCCAGCAACUCCCUUAUCUCCUGGGGCCAGGAGACCCCUACUCAGGCACCCGCCUGACCAGCCUCUCCCUGGACUCGGAAUUGAUGGGGCCUCCGGGCCCCACACCUCCACUUUUUCCUUCAUCCUGAGAUGGGUGAUGUCUGUCUGGUCAGGAGUAGAUUAAAGGCCUGUGAACAUGGCAGA